AUGUUUUACCAAUUUGUAUCAAACUUAAAAUUAUGCACACAAACUUUGUUUUGAUCGCCAAAAGUACUAAACUUCCAUAUAGGACUUGUUUUCUGCACCUCGACCUUCGCUAAUCAAGGAGAAAGAGAUCAUGGAAAAGAGCAAAUUUGUCAAGACAGACCAACCAGCAGCAAACAUGAUGGAGCGCCUUCCUCAGGAGAUCAUCCUUCGGAUAUUAUCCAGGCUUCCUAUAACAUCUUUGGCGCAAUCAAAGUUAGUUUGCCGAGCCUGGCGAAGCUUAAUACAAGAUCCUCUUCUUGUUAGUCAGCAUUUCUCUCAGAUGGCUGAUAAUGAUCCAAGCUUCAUCUUACAAAGCCUUUGGCGUGCCUCGUGUGGUCAGCUUUACUUUACAGAUUUCUCUGAUCGUAGCGAACUAAAGGUGAUCUCAAUGAAACCAGACAAUUCCUCUAUGCUUAUGUCUUUGGUAAAUUCAUGUAAUGGCUUGCUAUGCAUGCGUGAUUCGCGAGGCAUAUACAUAUGCAACCCCUUUACUAGGCUUUCGAUAGAGCUCCCAAAAUUCAUUAAAUAUCCACCAGAAUUGGGACUCUUGGAAUUUGGUUUUAAUCCAACCAAAAAAGAAUACAAGGUGAUCCAAAUAUUAUAUCGACCAAAAUUUGAAGAAAGAGACCGUCCUUAUGUUAAUGAAUCUACUUUGGUACAAUCUGAGGUUCAUGUUCUAACAAUUGGAAGCCCCAGUUGGAGAAAUUUAGGAAUGAUUCCUUGCUGUUUCCUUUGGCAACCAUCACAGGUUUUGGUCGGAGGCAGACUUCAUUGGCUUUCUAAGCCUAACAAAUACACCAGAGCCAGCCGGAUCAUAUCCUUCGACCUAAGAACAGAGAAAUUUCAGGAGUUCCCCCCUAAACCUGAUUGCUGUGGCUUAAAUAGGUGUUUCCAUCACCUGGUGGUCUUACGAGGUUGUCUCUGUGCAGCUGCUUAUCAUGAUAACGACAAACUGGAGAUUUGGGUCAUGAAGGAAUAUGGUGUGAAGGAGUCUUGGAUCAAGGAAUUUACCAUUGGAACCUACUUGCCAACAACAUAG